AUGUCUCCUGUCGUCAAGCUACUCCUCUUUGCCGCACUCCUGCUCCAUAUCUCUACAACAGCGGACUGCCAGGGAUGCGAUCUGUCCAGCAUUCAGGUGCAGCAGACCAACACAGGAGAGAAGGCGGGCAACGACAAGGUGUUCGAGGUGGAGGUGAAGAACGUGUGUAGUUGCACUAUCUCCAGCGUGUUCCUGCGCUCCGUGGGCUUCUCCAGCUCCAUAGUAGUCGACCCCAAGCAGUUCCGGAGGGAGGGCACCGACUACGUCGUCAACGACGGCAAGGGCAUCCCCAGCUCGCAGUCCAUCAAGUUCCACUACGCCUGGGACAGAGCCUUCGCGAUGUCUCCUGCGAGCCUGAAAGUUAAUUGCUGA